AGUACCAGAAAACAUGGGUUCUAUGAAAUUAAUGAAAUAACAUUUAUUUAAGUACUUAGCAGCUUAUCGAUUUAUGAUACCGGUAGAAAGCUAAUUGCAUUUAGUUACACAUCAAUUAUGCUAUAAACCCUCGGUCUGAAAAGUAAUUUUAUGUCAUGAUUUAGUGAGCUGUAAUGUUUGCUUAAUUUUGCAACGGCAUUAUUAUGUAAAUAGACAAACUUCCUGAUUCACAAUGACGUUACAAUAAGUCAUAUUUGCUAAGGCGGUUAUCACGGUUUUACUCAGUCUCGGUCGUGUACGGGAUCAUGUGAAAAUAGUACAAAUCUCUAAAGAUAGUUUUGGUGCUUCUGAAAAUGUGGGACAAAGCGAAGCAAUACUGGUCGAAAACCAAUCGUUGGCAUAGAGUGUUCCUGAUAUUUCUGAUAGUGGAGCUGCGAUUGGUCCCCAGUGGCCAGGUGGGGUUCUGGUGCAAAGAUCCAGCGCUGUCACACCCGUUCACUGGAGACACGGUCAACUUUAAAUGGCUGUUUGUUACAACUAUAUUCCUUCCGCUGGUCGUUAUGUUGUUGGCCGAAAGGCUGUACCAUAAAAAUGAAAAAACCAAGUUACAAACAAAAUCUCGAGCACUGGCGUGGUACAAAGAGUAUUUGUUCGGUCUUCUCCUCAAUAUAACUCUAGUGCAAACCAUCAAGCUGUUGGUGGGGUCUCCGAGACCGCAUUUCUUUGACACAUGCCAGCCGGAAGAGGCUUUGAGCUGUCAAGGAUCAGAGUACGUGCAGAGUUACACAUGUACGAAGGCAGCGUGGCAACACCAGUCAGACAAGAGUUUUCCAUCCGGACACACGUCGCUAGCGCUGCACGCGGGGAUUUUUAUCGCAUAUUAUAUGCGACGUCGCGCAGAGGAAACUAGGGCAAUAUGGGUCCUGCAGGGGCUGACGCUGCUGAGCGCGCUGUAUUGCAGUUUGUCCCGGAUGUCGGACCACCGCCACCACUGGUGGGACGUGCUUGCGGGUGCCACACUCGCGUUGCCCAUACUGUUGUACACCAUUUUAUUCCUUUGUAAAAACUUUGAGUGUCCCGAAACGAACUGCGAGAUCGAAGACGCAGAUCAGUCCACAGCCACCAGUGGCACAGAUAAAUCACACACCAGUGUCCAGGCCGCAGUCACAAACAGUGAGACAGGCAAAUCACAUAGCAACGGAACAGAAGUCCAUACGUAACAGAGUCAUACUGUAAAAUCACCCAAAGCAUAGAGUAACUGAUACUAGAGCGUUACUGUCAUAGUAAAUUUUGUAACCCCAGUAAAUUCACUGCCAUCUGUCGACACACUUUAAAACUAAAAAUGAAGAUUUAUAAAAAUACGAUAGAAUGUAUUUAAAUAUAGAUAAAUGAUUUUUUUUAUUUGCAUUAAUUAUUUUUAUAAUUUUGACCCAUGUUCUUUCACUGAUAUGCGUUAAAAUUGUUAAAUAACAAACGAAACCGUCAACGCCAUCUAUACGACUGUAGGCCAAAACUAGUAGCGCCCUCUGAACGAGAAUCAAAUUUUCUUGAUUUUCGAGGCACGUUUUUUCCUUAGACUGUAUCCAUCUAUUACGGAGUUAUAUCUAUCUUUGCCCAAAGUGAUCCAACUAGUCCAGUACUACAUCUAUGCAUUAUUCAAUUAUAAAACGGGACUUUAAUCGCGUAUAAUAAAUAAAAAAAUAUUAUAGGACAUUCUUACACAGAUUGACAGUAAGUCCCACGUCCCACAGUAAGCCCAAGGAAGCUUGUGUUAUGGGUACUCAGACAACGAUAUAUAUAAUAUAUAAAUACUUAAAUACACAGAAAACACCCAUGACUCGGGAACAAAUAUUUGUGCUCAUCACACAAAUAAAUGCCCUUACCGGGAUUCGAACCCAGGACCGUGACCGGUCGUCAAAUAAUAAAAAUAAUAAAGUUAAUUAAGUUUUAAGAUUUAUUCCGACGUUUCGAGGAUGACGUUGUCCCCGUGGUCUCUGAGAAGACUGGCUAAAGUUGACAUCAACAUCUGGCCGCGCGAGUUUUUCGAACUACCCGCACUUGGUCUUUUGUUUAUCAACUUGAACGUUUUGCGCACUAGAGAUGUUACUCUGUCGACACACAACACUAACGAUAUAAGAUUUAUCGACUGUCGAUAUUCGUUUACGCCUACAUUAUCACGUAAUGUGUAAAAAUCGUGAAAGUUUAAAUCAGUGUACUACAUGGUCCGCAAGAUUAAUACGUAAUAAGUAUCAAAAUCUAUAUUAUUUUGGUUUUGUUAGAGAUAUGAAAAUAUCUGGCCUCAAAACUGCGUCAUUCCAAUGAUUUGGACCAUAUUUAGGAAAUUUUGGACUAUUAUAGUUGGGUGGUUUUACAUUAUGAAAAGUAUUAUACACUUUUCGGGCAAUUCCAUAUGUCGAGAACCGCCAGGUAAUUCCGAAGUGUAAUUGAGUGGUGCUACUAUUUCCCGAAAAUAGUUUUUACCUAGUUGCGAUUUCUGCCGUUCGUAACUUUUACCACUUUAUAUUUUAUCAAUAGCUUCCUUUCCCGAAAGCAUUUCUAAGCAUUCCCAUUAUUUCUAUUAUAUUUAUUUUUAAUAGAUUAUUUUCCUAACAGGAUUUCUAACCAUUCGCAUAAUUUCUCACUGUAUUUCCUUUGUUUAUAAUCACGAAAGAUUGUCAUUUGACAGAGCAUAGUUAGGUGCGACGACGAGCGAAGCGAGGAGGAGUGUGUUAGGUGAACUGCGACCAAAACAGUGCGCCAGGCCAGAACCAACAAAAUUAUUUUAUUGUACAAUAAGAAAAGUUAUCAAAAUUAUUAGAAUGGUUAGAAAAUGUAUCAGGAAAAUAAGCUAUUGAAAAAUAAAUAUAAUAGGAAAAUAUGCGAAUUGGUUAGAAAUGGGGAAGCUAGAAUAAAAUGGUGAAUUUUGCGAAUGAAAAAAUCGCAUCCAGUAAAAUUCGAUUUUCGGGAAAUAAUCGCCACUCUCAUUUUAUAAUGAUGGAAUUUUGGGUGUUUUUGAUUCGAUUUUCGGAUUAUCCGAUACCUAUACGAAAUUAUCCGAAUACACCUUAUCGCAACUCCGAAAAGUGUUUGUCCAAUGUUUCAUUAGACCGAACAAGCUAUUGGGUUAGGUUAUAUUAGUGACCCUUUUCCCGACGUUUUUUGUAAAAAAAACGCGUUCGGUCAAAUGAAAGAUUGAACUAAUGUUUCGAAGUUGUGAUUGGAAACCAAAAAAAGUGAACGUUUUAUUAUAAUGUUAACUUUACUUAUUUAUUUCUUGACUUUUUAUUGUUGCAUAACAUUCCGAAUAAACUGUAGCAUAUAAGAACUGUGUUGUGUAUCGGUGUAAGCUACCUAUAUAUUUAGAACUAAGUUUUUUAUGCACCUCCUAGUCACAAGUUCACAAUCACAACCUCUGUCUGAUAGUGAUAUUAUUUUUAUUUUUGUACUAUACCAUUAGGCCCAAAAUACACGUGUAAGUUUUACUUACGUAAGUAGACACUUGGGGAGGCCUAUGUCCAGCAGUGGACGUCUAUCGGCUGACAUGAUGAUGAUGAUGAAGAAGUAGAGACACAGCUAUACUACAGAAUGAGAGAUGAAUAUCGUUAUCUCGUUCUAACAAAUAGCUUUGUCCCUACUUACGUAAAUAAAACUUACGAGUGUAUCUCAGGCCUUACUAUUGUUAAUGGUGCUCCGUUAUUGGCUGUCGUUAUACACGGUGGUAAAAAAAUAAGUGAAUUCCCGUUGCCAGGGAGGUUUUGGGAUUAUACUGAGCAACAUUUCUUAUGGGACCAAUCCCGAAAUCGCGGAAAAAAUUUGGCUGUUUCAUACAUUUUGGCUGGUCCAUUUUCUAUAGGAGGGUAAAUUUAAUUUUCGCGAUUUCGUGGUUGGUCCCAUAGUAAAAGUUGCUCAGUAUAAUCCCAAAACCUCCCUGGCAACGGGAAUGCACUUAUUUUUUAGCUACCCUGUAUAACAUCGUAUGACAGGUACAACACGAUAGUAUUGUAUUGUAUUUCUUUAUUGCAGAUAACAAAAUCCAUAUUACAUUAAAAUCACGAGCACAAUCAAAAUAACAAUAAAUAGGUACAUUAAAACAAAUCUUAAAUCUUAUUGAUAGUGGUUUAUUAUGUUGUCCCAGUCACACAAUGUUAUAUAACAGCCAGUGUGGGAGCACCAUUACCGACUCAGGGAUUGUAAUCAUAAUCAAGUUACUAGAAAACUAAUAUUUUUUAGAAGUAUUAGGAGUCCCCGGCAAGCUCGGCCGAAUUUCACCUUCCCAUACAAACGGAGUUUCGUUUUCAUUUUAAAACUACGUGUUGCAUUGUAAUGAAACUUUCCACGUACAAUGAUGUGCAGGUCUGUAAUUAGUUUAUAUAACUCUAGUAUAUAAAACCAUAGAGUAACUUACUUAUAGUAAAUUUUGUAACCCCAGUAAAUUCACUGCCAUCUGUCGACACACUUUAAAACUAAAAAUGAAGAUUUAUAAAAAUACGAUAAAAUGUAUAAAUAUGGAUAAAUGUUUUUUUUAUUUGCAUUAAUUAUUUUUAUGAUUUUGACAUAUGUUCUUUCACUGAUAUGUGUUAAAAUAGUUAAAUAAACGAAACCAUCAACGCCAUCUAUACGACAAUAGGCCAAAGCUAGUAGCGCCCUCUGAACGAGAAUCAAAUUUUCUUGAUUUUCGAGGCACAUUUUUUCCUUAGACUAUCCAUCUAUUACGGAGUUAUAUCUAUCUUUGAUAAAACAAAUGAAAUAAAGCAAAAACAAGUUUUUCAGAAAAACUUAGUUUCGCUGUAUUUUUUCUCUACUAUAAAUUAAAUUUAUUUAAGACCAACAAAGGAUCAAUUUUGUUAGUGACACAUUUUGAUUUUACAACUAAUGUUAGUAGGUACGCACACAAACUUAUUAACUAUCUACAUAUUUACAUAAAGCUACAUAAACUAAUUAUAUACCUUAUCCUAUUGUAAGUACAAAGAUUCAGAGCAGAGCUAGUCGUUUUAAAAUGAGAGCAUAAAUACGUUUGUAUGGAGAACCGAGCUUGCCGGGGACUUAAAAUAAAAUUAUAUUGAAUAUGACAAUAGAUAUUAAAAUAAGAGUAGCACCAUAUUGCAAUGCCUCACCAGUAUUUUAAUUAAUUUUAUACCAGAUAUUGUUAAUUAUACUUUUGUAUUCACGCCGACGGGCGUUUUCUAAAAUAAAUAUUGAAAACCUGAUUCUUACAGAUCCUACCAGUUUUUAGGCUCUUUCAACUCAGAAUCACUAGCAAAUUCAAUCCUGAUAAUUAAAAAAAAGUCACAAAAAUUUGUAUGAAAAUUGUAAAUUCCACUAUAUACGUCACGCAUAAUACAAGUGUGAAACAUUUUUUCACGUAGUGUAAUGGACAUUUUGGGAAAUCUUUUUUUAAUGGCAGGAUGGAGAAUGCUGUCGAUUCUGAGUACAGCCCAAGAAUGUCCAAAUUUGAAAGAAUCAGGUUUUCAAUAUUUAUUUUAGAAAACGCCCGGGAGACUUGCCCAAGUAAAAUAAAUAUUUUUUGUCAUACAUGCGUCAUCAGCGGUGGCAGCAUGGUUCCAUUUUUAUCGCCUGUCACUUUCGCACUUACAUAUUUGUUAGAACGUGACAGGCAUGGUGACAGGUGAUAAAAAUGCGACUGCGCUACGGCCGCUGGUGAUAUUGGAUUGCUGAUAAAAUUAAUAUUUUGAAUUUGGCACUUUUUUCAAAGUUCAAGCUGGGUUCAGUCUCUGACCUGGGCUAGUCUCUCGGACUCACCCUAAGCUCGGAAGCUUGGGUUUGGGUACAAAUGUGCAUGUUACGGUAAGUUUCCAAAUAGCUGGAAUUUUUUUCAUAAAUUUCAUAAAAAAAAUACAGAAAACAAAGGAAACUUAUUUAGAAAAAAUUAGAUUCUCGAUUCCCAUACAUAAGUUAGAAGUUUCCGAAACUUUUCCACGUGGAAAUUUCGCAAUUUUGGGAACUUUCCGACGGUACAUCAGUGAUUUGGGUAAAUUGUGUUUGGUUUGGGGCUAAGAUAAAUUUACUUUGUGUAUAAGAUUUGGAGCACACGCUUACCUCGCCGUUAUAAUACGCGUUGCCAAAUAUUUUUAUACAAUUACCGGUGUUUGUAUAGAUUAAGCACGGAUGAAAUAAAAACAACGAACUUAAAUAAAA